AGUGUGCAGUGCUCAAAUGUCACUAAGGUAUAUAUUUUUUCUUUUCAUGUUUUCUCCAGUUUACGCUUUUCAUUCUUAAGUGAUGGCUUUAUUACGAUCAUCUUUUCAGGAUUAUUCUGAGGAGCAUCCCAGAAAGUUGAUCCCAGAACUGUGUAAACAGUUUUAUAAUCUUGGAUGGGUUACAGGGACUGGUGGAGGUAUUAGCAUCAAGCUUGAUGAUGAAAUUUACAUUGCUCCAUCAGGAGUGCAAAAAGAGCGGAUUCUGCCAGAUGACUUAUUUAUCCAAAAUAUCGAUGGAGAUGAUCUGCAGCUGCCACCGGAUUAUAAAAAAUUAACAAAGAGCCAAUGUACACCUUUAUUCAUGCUAGCGUAUCGUGAAAAGAAUGCUGGAGCUGUCAUUCACACUCAUAGUCAAUCUGCAGUGAUAGCUACCCUAGUAUGGCCCGGUCGUGAAUUUAGAUGCACUCAUUUGGAAAUGAUUAAGGGAAUAUACGAUCAUGAAUUAGGACGGUAUCUUCGAUUUGAUGAGGAAUUAAUUGUCCCAAUAAUAGAAAACACGCCAUUUGAAAAAGAUUUAGAGCAACGAAUGGAACAUGCUAUGAAAGAAUAUCCUGGAAGCUCUGCAGUUCUAGUCAGACGACAUGGAGUAUACGUUUGGGGACACACAUGGCAAAAAGCAAAGGCAAUGGCUGAAUGUUACGACUAUUUAUUUUCUUUGACUGUGGAGAUGAAAAAACUUGGACUUGACCCAAAUGAUAUUCCAAAGUACUAUAGAAGCAAUAAAUAAAAUGUAAAAUUAGAAAUGAAUAUAUAUACUGCAAACUAAUUCAUAUUAUAGCUUCACAUAAAUUCAUGGGUAAGAAUAAUAAAAAUGUUUGUAAUAUGCAAAAUAGGAAGUUUUUUUUAGUAAAAUGUACGCAAAUAAAUUGUUUGUAAUAAAGCAUAUAAGUCAAUUCUGAUUCCAAUCACAA